AACACGCACCCUACCGAGCAGGGGGGGAAACGGCCCCCGAAACACUGCAGGAAAGGCCGUGAAGCGCGCCACUGGCGCAAAGAACCGGCUGCCGGGUUGGGCAGGGCCGACGGGGGCGCUCGAGAGACGCCGCCACAAGAAGCCAGUUGCACCGCGGCAAAACCCAGGCAGGGCAUGGCCGCGUUGUCGGGCCUGAAAUGGCGGCCUUCGGCGUGGAAUUCGGCCUCCUCGGCCGUUGAGGUAGACGCGUGCCUCUCCCUGCGUGUGGGUGGGUGAAGCGGAGCCUGCCUGGGAGAACUGAGGCGAGGGCCCUUCCUGAGGGAGACCCGUUGAGGGAAACGUGCAAUACGACUAAGAUGGCCUCUACUACCGACCAGCCCAUCGAGGGCACAUCUGGCAGCAGCCAAACGCGUCCGGAGAAGUUGGUUAAACCCAAGCCGUUGCUGCUGCAACUUCUGAAGCUUGCUGGUGCAGAAAAGGAGACUUUUACUAUGAAGGAGGUAAUGUUCUAUAUUGGUCAAUAUAUUAUGUCUAAACGUUUGUAUGAUGAAAAGCAGCAACAUAUUGUCCACUGUGCAAAUGAUCUUCUGGGUGAUAUCUUUGGAGUACAGAGUUUUUCUAUAAAAGAAUGCAGGCAACUACGUUUGAUGAUUUCUAAAAACCUGACAGCAGUCAGUCAGCAAGGCUCUAGUAAUUUUAACACAUCUGUGAAUCAGUCCAGGUGGCAAGUAGAAAAUGGAAAUACUAUAAAGGAAUUGGUGCAGGAAUCCAGUGAAGCCAGUUCUUCUAGGAGAAGAGCACACAGUGAAACAGAAGAAAGUCCUUUAGAAGAUAAGAAUGAUGAAAGACUGAAACGGCAUAGAUCAGACAGCAUUUCCCUUACAUUUGAUGAAAGUCUUUCAUGGUGUGUAGUAAGCGGUUUACCUUGUGAUCUUAGCAACAUCAGCAGUUCCACAGGCUCUUCAUCAAGUCCGGAUCAUGACAGCUUAAGUGAAACAGCGGACUGGCUGGAUGAGGAUUCUGUUUCAGAUCAAUUCAGUGUUGAGUUUGAGGUUGAAUCUAUCUGUUCAGAAAACUACAGUAUCAAUGAAGAAGAAUCUGAGCUUACAGAAGACGAUGAUGAGAUGUAUGAGGUAACUAUAUAUCAGACUGAAGACAGUGAUGUGGAUUCAUUUGAUGAUGAUCCUGAAAUUUCACCAGGUGAUUAUUGGAAGUGCUCCAAGUGCAAUAAAAUGAACCCGCCUCUUCCACGCCAUUGCCCCAAAUGCUGGGCUCUUCAGGAAGACUGGCUUCCUGAGAAGAAGACGGAAAAGUCUGUAGAGGGCAAAAUUGAAGAUGACACACCACUGGAUCCCGAGGAGGGCUUUGAUGUUCCUGACUGUAAGAAAGGGAAAACACCUGAAGAUGAAGCAGAGGACGACUCAGAACAGAGCUCUGACUCUCAGAAAAGUGAGGACUAUUCUCAGCCAUCUACAUCUAGCAGUAUGCUUUGUGGAAGCCAAGAAGACUAUAAAGAACCUGAGAAGGAAGAGGCUGAAGUCAAAGAAGAAAGCACUGAUUUAGUUUUACCCCUUUCUGGUGUGGAGCCCUGUGUCAUAUGCCAAACUCGGCCCAAAAAUGGUUGCAUAGUUCACGGAAGGACGGGACACCUCCUGUCAUGUUUCACAUGUGCAAAAAAGCUAAAGAAGCGGAACAAGCCUUGUUUGGUCUGCAGGCAGCCAAUUGAGAUGAUCCUGCUAACUUAUUUUUGCUAACUGAGAUACAAGCAGAAUUGCUUCAAGAAACUCUACAGCCCUAAAAUAAAAUUUUGUACAAAAAAUA